AUGGGCAGCAGCUUUUACUCCACGACCGUUCAGCUGGAGCUGGUGGCUCAGGUCACCAACUGGCUGGCCCAGUCCGACCAGGCCUCGGUGUUGGUGACGCUGGAGACCAUGGAGGAGCCCAUGCCCAUCGUGAGUCCCACUUCGGCACAAGAGGCCACCAUCCUCAACAGCCAAGAAGUGUCCUUCUCAGUGGUGACCCAAUACGCGGAUACCUCUUCGUGCGGCGUGGCCUCGACGCCACAGCAAGUGGUGGUGACCUGGGAGUACCGCGUGGGCGACGGCACCUGGGGCGACCUCCCAACGACACUGACGGAUCUCGACCGCCGCCCGGGUGGUCUCCGCUUCGCGGCCUUCAGCUUCGAGACCGGGAGCGUCCAUGAGUUCCGCGUCACCGCGCGGUACACCACCUCGAGCCUCACCGCCACCGCGCCGCAGUACGUCUUCCGCCUCGUGGUCUCUCCACCCGCCCCACCCGUGGUGCGGAUCCUGGGGCCCAGCAGCGUCUCCGAUGCCUGUAGCUUCAGCUUCGACGCCUCGGGGUCCUAUGACCCUGCACUGGCACCCGGAACGACGUCCAACUUAGCCUUCGCAUGGUCUUGCGCGACGCACAGCUCCAGCUUCGACUGCUCGCAGCUCUCGAGCUUGGCCGGCGCCGGCGCACAGCUGGCCGUGGAAGGUGGCGCUUUACAGGAAGGUCUCUACAACUUCGCAGUGGAAGUAAGCCGAAGCGGUGGAGGAGCCUCCGUGGAGGUGUGGCAGCUGGAGGUCUCAAAUGGCGCGCUUCCCGCAGUGGCCAUCAACGUACCAUGGGGCAACAAUGAGGCGGUCUCCACUCAAGUGGGGGGCCAACUGGCAAGCCCGAGCGCCACAGUCCAGGGCGGCCCAGGCUGCACCGUGCCCUCGACCUGGGCAUGGAGCUUCCUUCUCCUUGAGGACAACGGGCAAGAUGGGGUCCUGGCCUUCCUGAACACCAGCAGCUCCCGCCAAGGCGACUCCUUGACCAUUGGCACUUCCGAGUGGCGAGGUGAUCUCCUGAUUCCAGGUGCGAAGUAUUUGUAUGCAGUCCUCCAGACACCCACUGAGGAGGAGAUGCUUGCUUUGGUCUCCAGCCCUCCGGGCACCUUGAGCGAGGCUCUAGCACGUGGAGCUCGUGCGGUGAAGUCCCUUCCGUUUGUGGCGGAUGGACCCCCCACAGGUGGGCUGGUGCAAUGCAGCCCACAGUCCGGCUAUGCUGUGGCCACCUCCUUCUCUGGCACCACCUCUGGAUGGUACGACGAGGACGUGGCUCGCCGCCGAGCGCGGAGCGCCCUUGACCGGGUCUUGGGAACGGAGUGA